AUGUCAGACAGCUUCAUGGUCAUAUUUGACCUUCCAGAAGUCAUCACCGGUCUGUGGAAAAAGUCAAAGAAUUAUGAGUAUCAAGAAAGGCCACCCCAUAGAGGGUUGAGCCAGUUCCCCCAAAAUCAUACGUCUUACAAGCCUGAUGCAAGGCCUACAUGUGAGCAACUUCUGUCACACCCAUUCAUCAAGCGGUACGAGGAAGCCGGCGUCGACUUGGCGGCAUACGUCGGGGGUGUUGUGGAUCCAACAGAAAGCUUGAAACAAAUAGCUGAGAUGCUUGCUGUUCAUUAUUACCUCCUGUUCAAUGGCUCUGAUGGGUCCUGGAAUCAUAUGAAGACAUUGUACAUGGAGGAAUCAUCUUUCAGCUUCUUAGGGAAUGUGUGUGUCGAGCAAAGUGUCAUAUUUGAUACUCUGUCAACUAUAAGAAACAAGUUGAAAGGUGAUCAGCCCGGUGGGGGAAUUGUUCAUGUUGUUGAGAAGAUACAUUAUGGUGCAAAUGGGGAAAGAGAGAUCACUGUUCGUGUGUUCGGACCAUUCAUUGUGGGCAACCAAUUUCUAGUACUUGGUGAAGGGCUGCAAGCCGAAGGGAUGCCCAGCCUGGACGAGCUCACGGUUGACAUUCCAAGAAUUCGGGUAGGUCAGUUCCGGGAGCAGUUCAUCAUGCAGCCAGGGAUUUCCAUGGAAUGCUAUUACAUAUCAAGACAAGAUCUCUACAUCAUCCAGUCCUAG